CAGAAAGAACAGUCAAAAUGCAGGCAGGGCACAGGACAAAGCAGUAGGGACAAAAUUGUAUUGAGUGAAUGUCAUAUUUAAAACUUUUAAAUUUCCAUCCCCCGUACGUCCCCGUACGUCCCCGUACGUCCCGACACUCGCAGGGAACGGAACCCGGAAGACGGAUGCCGGCAUCGGCCAGAGGAGAUGGCCGGGGACGCUGUAGGGGGGACAUUGCGGGAGCGAAGGACAAGGUAAGUGCUGGAGGGAAUCCCUGAGCAGCGCUGCAUUGUAAUCCCGAGUGUAGCUCACUGUUACCGCUUUUGGUACUGACA